AUGGCGCGCAACGGCCGCGUCGACCCGCCCGCUUCACAGGCAGACGGCACCACGGGCAGCGGCCUGAUCCGAUUCCCCUCGUCCGCCGCCGGCCCCGGGCCUGCCAGCAGCGGCGAGAACGACGACCCGUUGUUGUACGGCUACUCAGACCCGCCGUCGCCCAUAGCCGAGGAGCUGCCGCAUGACCUGGAUGGCGGCGGCGGCGGCACUGCAGGGCUCGCGCGGCGCGCGGCGGCGGCGUGGCGGCGGCUGGUGCACGGCCCGCAGCGCCCGCCGCGGUUCCGCAGCGGCUACCUGACUCUCAUGUAG